AUGAAGGUCGCCAGCUUCUUUUCUACGCUUUCCCUCUUUGCAGGCGUUCUCGCCGAGACAAUUGAGCUUCCCGCCGGUGUGCCACGCAGCGUGGAAGAGUUCAGAAAGCUGCACCCCUACGAGAACCCAGUCAAGAGAAACCAUCGCAAGGUGGUUACCAUCAGACAUAGUAAGAACGACGGUGAUGAUAUUUCAUCUGAGUUCUACAAGGGUCUGAAGAAGGCCAACAAUGGAGGCACUCUUCACCUCCCCAAGGGUCACACUUAUGUCAUUGGAAAGCCUUUGGAUCUUACCUUCUUGAACGAUGUUCACGUCCAUCUGGAUGGUGAGAUUAAGUUUACCAAUGACACUGCUUACUGGCAGAAGAAUGCCUUCACUCAUCCUUUCCAGAACUCUAUCAUGUUCUGGAAGUGGGGUGGAAAAAGCAUCAAGAUCUACGGAAAGGGUGUUCUGAACGGUAACGGCCAGAGAUGGUGGAACGAGUUCGCUGGCAAGGAGAUUCUCGACAAGGACAAUGCUUACCUUCGACCUAUCUUGUUCUAUGCUCAGAACGCCACUGGUCUGGAUAUUCAAGGUAUCCACUUCAAGGACUCUCCCUGCUGGACCAACUUUGUCGUUACCUCCAAAGAUAUUUCCUUCAAGGACAUUGUCUGCACUGCUCGCUCAACCAAUGCCACUGCUCUUCCCAAGAACACUGACUUCUUCGACUCUUUGAACGUCGAGCACGUCAAUGUCGAGCGCGCCUGGGUUGAUAUUGGUGACGAUUGCUUUUCUCCCAAGAGUAACGCAACUGAUGUCCAUGUCGACACUAUGUACUGCAACGGUACCCACGGUCAGUCCAUUGGCUCUCUCGGUCAGUACAAGGGCGAGAUGUCCUUCGUCAAGGACGUUGUUAUCGAGAACCUUUGGAUGCUCAACGGACAGCACGCCUCUCGUCUCAAGACCUGGGCUGGUCCUGAUGUUGGCUACGGCUUCAUCGAUAACGUGACUUUCCGCAACUUCUGGGGUGGUAACAACGAAUACACGGCUUUCAUCGACUCGUGCUACUUCAACAUCAACGCCACCACCUGCAACCAGUAUCCCUCCAGAAUGAACAUCAGCAACGUUCUAUUCGAAAACUUCACCGGCUACAGCUCCGGCAAGUACGGCGACGCUGUUGCACGCCUGACAUGCUCCACCAGCAAGGAUGCGGUCUGCGAGAACAUCAAGUUCAAGAACUUCAACAUCACGACUCCCUGUGGCGGAAAGCCUGUGAUCCUGUGCGAUGGUGUCAAGGACAUUGGUGUUGAUUGUGUUAGCGCUACCAGUGCUGAGGGCAAGGCUGCUUUGGCGAACAAGUGCACUGCGCCUGAGGCUAGUGCCUCGCCGUUUAAAGUUAGGAAGUUCAACGGAUGA